AUGAUACAUCAGAUUUAGACAAAUAAAGACUAGGUUUUAAAUAAUUGUAAAACUGAAAAAUUGUAGAAAUAGAUGUUGGAAGAGUUAUCACAUUCAAUCAAAUAGAUUUAUGAGAUGAUUGAGAAAGAAAAUUAAUCAUUCAUCGAUCUCAUAAACUAUAAUGAAAAUUUGGCGGAAUCAUCUAUUUGA